AUGAAGGCGUCUGCGACUAAAAUGCGUUAUCUGACCACUGGUUAUGCUGUCGUCAAUCAGUGGAUCUGUUGUAUGGAUCGCAUGCCACCGUUGCUGAAGAUGUUGACCAAACUGACCAUUGCGUUGAUACUCGUCGUGUACAUCGUGUCCACGUUCUUCGCCCUCUUCUUCGACCACUUGAACACCGCCCACGACUUCGGCCACUCGGCCCUGCUGCUCCUGUGGCGAGCGCCACAGGCAGCUAUCGCUGCCCCAAUGGUAGCUACUGUCAGACGCCGUGUGCAAAACCAAAUAUCAGAUCUUCAUCUGAGCGUCCAUUUUGGGCCGAAACGAGCGCCAGAUUUGGAACAGUUCUGCAAAGAGUAUAUCGAUAUCAUGAAACCAUCCGUAGUGUUGGCCACCGGCGACCUGACAGACGCCCGGACCCGCGAUCCCAUGGGUUCCCGUGUUUUCGAGGAGGAAUGGCUUAUGUAUUGGAAUGCCUUGAAUAAGACUAAUGUCACCGCAAAGACUAUAUGGCUGGACAUCAAAGGCAAUCAUGAUGCCGACCUUGUCAGGGUUGUUGAAGAAGGUCUUCAUGAGGUAGUCUCCAGGAUAUCCAUAUCGAAUUCUGUGCUGUGGCUCUGGUAUAACUUCAUUGGUGUGGACGCCUGUCUGGACCCGUCGCCCAAACGGCCCUUCAAUUUCAUUGGUCUACUCAAUGAUAAGGACAUCAGUCGUAUAACUCAGAUGAAAGCGGCCGCACGUCAAGAGCACAGCAAUUAUACCAUUUGGUUCGGACACUACCCUACCUCAUCCAUCGCUAUGCCCAGCCCUGGACUCCGGGAACUCAUUAACGGUCCAUACCUUUGCGGUCAUUACCAUACAGUGGGAGGGCUCGUGAAUCACAUGUAUUCCACGCAACCGACCGGUUAUCUGGAGCUGGAACUGUCCGACUGGAAAGACUUGCGUACAAUCCGUUUGGGAGCCAUAGAUCACGGCCUCUUCACGUUCAUCGACUUCAAGUUCCACGAAUGGCCCGUUAUUCUGGUGACAAACCCGAAGAACUCGCUGUACUCGAUGCCCAACAUAGAGCCCUGGCAUCGGAUCGCCAAUUCUACACACAUCCGAGCGCUGGUGUUCUCCAAGAGUAAGGUGUCGUCCGUUGAGGUGCGGAUCGAUGAUAGCGACAAAUGGCUGGAAAUGACGCACAUUUCGGGACCACUUUAUGUCCAUAAAUGGCAGCCCAAUGAGUAUGAAGAGGGUCUCCAUUGGAUUGAAGUCACGGCUAUUGAUGUCGACGACAACCGGCGAACUGUUAGACACCAAUUCUCUUUGGAUGGAUCUAAGGGUGACUUUCCGUUUGGCGCACGACUUAUGCUGCGGACAGACAAUAGAGUGAUCGGAUACCUUUUAUUUGGAUUAGCCGUCAGUAUCUGUGUCCUACCAUUCCUCAUAUUAAGAUUUCUACCAAUCAGUAAAGGUCCGUGGUUUGUGGGCUAUGUUUUAGACGAUUAUAUAGGCAUCAGUUUCGUGUGGGGUAUGCUUAUUGAUGGCUCGUACCUGCCGGGAGGUAUUACCUACGUCCUCUUUUCGUUGAACUUCUACUUCGCGUACGGAUUGUUGGCAUACGUGUUGGGAAUGUUCACCACCUGGUCGUACAUCGUGUACAUUGUCUUAUGGAAGGUGUCGGUGAGUCUGAGCGCACAGUCAUUCCCGGAACCGAUGCGUCCGAAGUACAGGAAAGCCAAAGAUUUUGACGAAAUCAGCGAACACUCGAGUCUUACGCGACCGCCCAUUAGGAAGUGACCGCACGUUAAGCCUUAUAGUGAACUACAGGUGCGGUGAUUGUGUUUAUGUGUAAUUCAGUAUAAUCAGGGUUCUUUCAUAGUUAUAUACCGGUGUUGUGGUUAUGAUUAUUUUGUUGUUCACUAUAAGCGGUUUAUGUGUAGAAUUA